CAGCUCUACCACUCCCUGCUAUGUAUUGUGCUCCAGUUCCUCAUCCUUCGACUGAUGGGCCGCACCAUCACUGCCGUCCUCACUACAUUUUGCUUCCAGAUGGCCUACCUUCUUGCAGGAUAUUAUUACACAGCCACUGGCAACUACGAUAUCAAGUGGACAAUGCCACAUUGUGUCCUGACCUUGAAGCUGAUUGGUCUGGCUGUUGACUACUUUGACGGAGGGAAGGAUCAGAAUUCCUUGUCCUCUGAGCAACAGAAAUAUGCCAUACGGGGUGUCCCUUCCCUGCUGGAAGUUGCUGGUUUCUCCUACUUCUAUGGGGCCUUCUUGGUAGGGCCCCAGUUCUCAAUGAACCACUACAUGAAGCUGGUGCAGGGACAGCUGACUGACAUACCAGGGAAGAUACCAAACAGCACCAUACCUGCUCUCGAGCGCCUGAGUCUGGGCCUCGUCUACCUGGUGGGCUACACUCUGCUCAGCCCGCACAUCACAGAAGACUAUCUGCUCACUGAAGACUACGAAAACCACGAUUUCUGGUUCCGCUGCAUGUACAUGCUGCUCUGGGGCAAGUUCGUGCUGUACAAGUACGUCACCUGUUGGCUGGUCACAGAAGGAGUGUGCAUCCUGACGGGGCUGGGCUUCGAUGGCUUUGAUGAACACGGAAAGCCCAAGUGGGACGCCUGUGCCAACAUGAAGGUGUGGCUCUUCGAAACAACCCCCCGGUUCACCGGCACCAUCGCCUCUUUCAACAUCAACACCAAUGCCUGGGUGGCCCGUUACGUCUUCAAACGCCUCAAGUUCCUCGGAAACAAAGAACUAUCCCAGGGACUCUCGUUGCUGUUCUUGGCCCUCUGGCACGGCCUGCACUCAGGGUACCUGGUCUGCUUCCAGAUGGAAUUCCUCAUUGUUAUCGUGGAAAGAAAGGUUGCCAGGCUCAUUCAGGAGAGCCCAGCCCUGAGCACCCUGGCUUCCAUCACUGUCCUCCAACCCUUCUACUACCUGGUGCAGCAGACCAUCCACUGGCUCUUCAUGGGCUACUCCAUGACUGCCUUCUGCCUCUUCACGUGGGACAAGUGGUUCAAGGUGUAUAAAUCCAUCUAUUUUCUUGGCCACAUCUUCUUCUUGAGCCUACUCUUCAUAUUGCCUUAUGUUCACAAAGUAAUGGUGCCAAGGAAAGAGAAGUUAAAGAAAGUGAAGUAAUCUGCUUCCCUGGUGGCCUAGAGCCGGGCUGGUGCAGAGGUGACCUGUCUCCUUUCCACAGCAAUCCUCCGCCUCAGAGCACAGAGAACGUGGAAGCCAGGGAGGGGAGGACGCGGCACUCCCAGCGGUGCCGCCGCCGCCAGCCAAGUCUUCAUCCGGGGCCAAAGGGGAAACUCUCGUGGGAGGAGUAGAGGGCCCGUGUCUCCCCUCUGGGCUCCCCCAUGCACGUUGCCUUAUCUCUCCCCCUCUAGCCAGGAAUCUGUUGUGUUUCUCUUCUGCCAAUUUACUAUGAUUGUAUAUGUGCCGCUACCACCACCCCCCCCAUGGGGGGGCGGGGUGGGGUACAAGGCCCCACCUGCUCCACUUUUUCUACCUUGGAACUGUACCAGAUAAAAACACUUCUCUUUGUUCGGUUUUUCAC